AUGAGUAGUACAAGAAAUUCAUACCAAUCAAAAGCUCCGUCUGCGAACGAGUUAGCAGAAAAAUAUAAAGUAUAUUACAAAAGUCAAUUUGUUGGUAUUGAUAAUGACCCAGGAGAGUCUGAAUGUUUGUUUUGUGAUUUAUCUUUUAUUUUGCCAACAAAUGAAAAAGAUUAUUUAUUCCAUUUAUUUGAAAAACACCGAUUAGUUAUAGGCGAUGUUGAAAAAAUUGCUAGUCUAAGGAGCUAUGUCCAUUAUUGGAAAGCGAGAUGCAAAAAUGAAUCAUUAAUAAAUUUUUGUACAACUAUGUUGAUGGAUUGUACACCUGAUGGCAAACCAAGUAAAGGCGAAGUUUAUUAUUUAUUAUCUGACUGCAUUGCUGAAGAUAAAACACUUCGUGAUGAAAUCCAAAGGGCUAAGCUGGAAUGGGUAAUAAAUCAACAAACUUAUGAAAGAACUGAUACUAAUUUCAAGCGAGGUUGUAUGAUUUGUAAGCAGGAAUUUUCGGGUCUGAGAAUUACUUAUUUGACUCAUUUAAAAGAAAAACACAAUAUUCAAUUUGGUAAAUACCAUAAUUUAGUAUUUGUUGAUAAAUUACUCGAUAAAAUUCAGUAUAAUUUUGAUAAUUUCAUUUGUAUUUAUUGUGAAAAAGUGUUCAAAGAUAGGAAUGUUCUAAAAGAACAUAUGCGGAAAAAAUUACAUAAGCGCAUUAAUCCAAGAAAUAAAUCGUACGAUGAAUUUUAUAUUACAAAUUAUGUUAAGCCAAGGGAUCCUUUGUGCCACAAAGAGGAUGAAUUCGAUGAUGAAUAUGAUGCAAUAGUAUUCAGUGACAAUGAAGACGAAGAAAAUCUUUGGUCUGAUUGGACAGCUGAAAACAAUCCUAUUACUUGUUUAUUCUGUAGUGUAAAAAUACCUGAGCUUCCAAAUAUUCUCGAUCACAUGAAAGAUGAGCAUGAUUUUGAUUUUAAUAAAUUAACGGAGAAUUUAAAUUUUUAUGAAAAAAUAAAAUUAGUCAAUUAUUUUAGAAAACAAGUACAUGAAAAAAAAUGUGUUUUCUGUGACCAACAAUCAGAUGAUUGUCUUCAGCACAUGAAAAAUGAAGAUCACUUUAAAAUUCCUCCGGCAAGAAUUUGGAACUUGGAAAAAUAUUAUUCUCCUAUGUGUAAAGAAGAUCCAUUUUUAUAUCACUUAGAUACUGGUAGCGAUGAUGAAUGUGAUGAAAGUAACAUUGAUAAGCUGUCAGAUGAUAUCAAUAAUUCAUUUGAAAAAUACAAAAUUAAAUUAGAGGGUUCAAUGAGUGCUUUGGUAUUUCAAAAAUCAAAAUACUGUGUUCUAAAACUUCAUCAAAAUUUACCGCAUAAAUUUUUAGCUCCAGAAAUAAAUGAAAUGUAUCAAAUAGCGUGGUAUGACUAUCUUGAGAAAAUUCGUCGGACUAUUGGAGGUAAAACAUGGAUACCAGAUACCCAAGUGAUUGUUCACUUGAAUAAUGAAUAUAUUGGCAACCACUCGGAUUUAUUUGAUUUUGUAGAUCAAAAUUUCAUUAUCAAUUUACCAAUUGAUACUGAAUUCUAUGAGAACUUAAUUAAUGAGAAUUUAGGAUAUGAAAAUAACUUUAUUGAUGAAACUACAAUAGUCGCUGAGAAUUAUUUAAUUUUACACGAUCGUCGGGGUGUUCUUUCGUUAGCUAAUGACGGAAAAAAUCACAACGGACCACAAUUUGUUGUUUCUCUAAAUCCCAAUCCAUGGAUGGAUAAUUAUUAUGUUGCAUUCGGACAAUUAAUUGAUGGCGCAAACACUUUGAAAAUAAUUGAACAAUUAAAUACUUUUUAUGAAUCACCUUUACAAAAAAUUGUAAUUACAGAAUGCGGAAAAUUUUCUAUUGACCAAAAUAAUAAUCAAGUAAAU